UCAUCGACGCUAACUUUUUAGGACCCCCAGCUAGCAUGCCUGCUGCUGCUGAAGCUGCCGCGGAGAGAGGCUGAUCGAUACCGGAUCGAUUAGAAAUGGCAGAAGUUAGUGUGAAGAAGGAGUCCAACCUCACGGACGCGGCGGACAUUGAAAACAGGAUCAAGGAGCUGUGCCAGCAGUUUCCACAGGGCAUUACAGACCAGGUGAUCCAGAACGACAUGCCUCACCUGGAGCCUCAGCAGAGAGCCAUGGCCAUCAACAAGCUGCUGUCGCUGGGUCAGUUGGACCUGCUGAGGAACAGUGCUGGUCUUCUGUACCGGAUGAAGGACACUCAGACAGCCAGUAAGAUGAAAGGCUCGGACAACCAGGAGAAGCUGGUGUACCAGAUCAUCGAGGACGCCGGCAACAAAGGGAUCUGGAGCAGAGAGAUCCGCUUCAAGAGCAACCUUCCUCUGACCGAGAUCAACAAGAUCCUGAAGAACCUGGAGAGCAAGAAGCUCAUCAAGGCCGUCAAGUCUGUCGCUGCGUCGAAGAAGAAGGUGUACAUGCUGUACAACCUGCAGCCGGACCGCUCGGUGACGGGCGGGGCCUGGUACAGCGACCAGGACUUCGAGUCCGAGUUUGUCGAAGUUCUCAACCAGCAGUGUUUCAAGUUCCUGCAGAGCAAGGCGGAGGCGGCGCGGGACAGUAAGCAGAGUCCCAUGGUGCAGAGGAACAGCUCCUUCGCCACGUCACAUGAAGUGUGGAAGUACAUCUGUGAGCUGGGCAUCAGCAAGGUGGAUCUGUCGAUGGACGACAUCGAGACCAUCCUCAACACGCUCAUCUACGACGGGAAGGUGGAGAUGACCGUCAUCGCCGCCAAGGAGGGCACGGUGGGCAGCGUGGACGGCCAGAUGAAACUGUACCGCGGCGUCAACGCCAUCAUCCAGCCCACCGGCCUGGUCAAGGUGCCCUGCGGCCUCUGCCCGGUGUUUGAUGACUGUCAUGAAGGAGGGGAGAUCUCUCCGUCUAACUGUAUCUACAUGGCCGAGUGGCUGGACUUCUGACCUCGACUCUGCUGCCUCAAACUUUUUCUCUGUGAUGAAAAACUCAUGUUUAGUUUUAUUUUCGCUCCGGCGCUCCGAUGUGAUGAUGUGAAUUUAUUUUGUAUUUAUAUAAAGAUGAAUAAACCUGGAAGCUGCGGGACAGUGA